AUUCUAGCGUCUUCUCAUAAAUGAGCUGUAUUUUGCAGAUAGCAUAUACAUUAACAGGAAGUACAACAUAUGAGUGCAUUAAAAACGGGACAUGCACAAGAAGUGAGAACAAUACCAUACAAGGAAUGAGGUCCGAUUUCUUAAAUGCAUUACCAAAAGGAAAUCCUAAACUAAGAGGAGUUUUCAUUGACGCAGUCCCUCAUCAUACCAACAUUUUAACAAGGUGGACUCUUCAAAAUUCCACCGUGAUUCAUAAUGUGUCUGCCCCAAAGGCAUUUGCUGAUUGGUACUUUGAUCGGAAUUACACAUAUUUGAUAGAUGAACAUAACUUGCCAGUCCCAGAUAUUGUCCCAAAGUAACUCAUUGAUGGGCAGCCCAAUACGGAGGAUAAUCUUUUAUAAGCUUGUGUUUAUUUAUUCCAAGAAAAGAUGUUCAAAAUUCAUCAAUUGCUGACAAUGCAACUUUUUGAUGUAUAUUUAAAGUGUUUCCCAUAUAUACCAAAUCCGAUGACAAGGAGGUCCCUUUGACAAAAGUAAUCAAAUACUUCUUGCCUCCAA